ACCUAAUUCAUUUGGAAGUCUGGUGAGUGGUAAAGGCAGAGGAAUUUCUCUUCCCUGGCACACCACACGACACCGCUCUCUCUCUCUCUCUCCGUCUUUCAAGUCUGCUAGUCAACACCGGCAUUCACAGAAGCCACAAAGCUGACCUAAUUUGCAUUUAAAUUCUCUGUCUUCUCUUCUGCUAUCUCCCUUCUCCAUUCUCCAUUCUCCAUUCUUCAUUUCAAUUCCAAAUUCUCUUCCCUUCGAUAUUCGCCGUGAUUGUUCUUCUAUCGGAUUGACAGAGGAAGAGGAAUAAUCACAGUCAUGGCGCAAAGGAGUUUCAUCGUUGAGGUCGAGAAAGCUAAGGGGGCGAGUGAAGGGAGGCCAUCGAGGGGACCUGUUUACCGCAGCCUUUUCGCCAAGGAUGGAUUCCCUGCUCCUAUCCCCGGUCUCGAUAGCUGCUGGGAUGUUUUCCGAUUGUCUGUUGAGAAAUAUCCAACAAAUCCAAUGCUUGGUACCCGGGAAAUUGUGGAUGGGAAGCCUGGCAAGUACAAGUGGAAAACUUACAAAGAAGUAUAUGAUGUGGUGAUGAAAAUUGGGAAUUCCAUCCGCAGCUGUGGUUAUGGAGAAGGUGUUAAAUGUGGUAUUUAUGGUGCCAAUUCUGCUGAGUGGAUUAUGAGCAUGGAGGCCUGCAAUGCACAUGGACUUUAUUGUGUUCCUUUAUAUGAUACCUUAGGUGCUGGGGCUGUAGAAUUUGUAAUAUGCCAUGCAGAGGUCUCAAUUGCAUUUGCAGAAGAAAAGAAGAUACCUGAGCUAUUGAAGACAUUUCCAAAUACAACAAAGUAUCUCAGGACACUUGUGAGCUUUGGGAAUGUUACCCCUGAACAAAAGCAAGAAGUUGAAAAGUUUGGGUUGGCAAUAUAUUCUUGGGAGGAAUUUUUACAAGUGGGUCAAAAUCAGACGUUUGAUCUUCCUGUGAAGAAAAGUAGUGACAUCUGUACAAUAAUGUAUACUAGCGGAACUACUGGUGACCCCAAGGGAGUGUUAAUAUCCAAUGAGAGUAUUAUUACCCUCUUAGCUGGGAUUAAACGAUUUCUGGAAAGUGUCAAUGAACGUUUGCAUGAUAAGGAUGUAUACCUAUCAUACCUUCCUCUUGCUCAUAUCUUUGAUAGGGUAAUUGAGGAGGCAUUCAUAUGGCAUGGUGCCCAAAUAGGUUUCUGGCGUGGGGAUGUCAAAUUGUUAAUUGAAGACAUUGGGGAGCUAAAACCAUCUGUUUUUUGUGCUGUUCCUCGAGUGCUUGAUAGAGUGUACUCAGGUUUGACGCAGAAGAUUUCUUCUGGGGGCUUCCUUAAAAAGACAUUAUUCAACUGUGCUUACUCAUACAAGUUGCAUAACAUGAAUAAAGGGCUUAAGCAUGGAGAGGCAUCUCCACUUCUUGACAGAAUUGUAUUUGACAAGGUAAAGCAAGGUUUAGGGGGUAAUGUACGUCUUAUUUUGUCUGGAGCAGCACCUCUCUCUACACACGUGGAAGGUUACUUGCGGGUGGUGUCUUGUGCUCAUGUCCUACAAGGAUACGGUCUGACUGAAACCUGUGCGGGAACCUUUGUCUCAUUACCAAAUGAAAUGGAAAUGCUUGGAACAGUGGGCCCUCCUGUACCAAAUGUGGAUGUGUGUCUGGAAUCUGUUCCUGAAAUGGGGUACGAUGCCCUUGCAAGUACACCAAGAGGAGAAAUUUGUGUAAAGGGAAAAACCUUGUUUUCGGGGUACUACAAACGUGAAGACCUCACGAAAGAGGUUCUGAUUGAUGGAUGGUUCCAUACAGGUGAUAUUGGAGAGUGGCAACCUAAUGGAAGCAUGAGAAUUAUUGAUCGGAUGAAGAAUAUAUUUAAGCUUUCACAAGGAGAAUAUGUUGCUGUUGAAAACCUGGAAAAUAUUUAUGGUCAACUUUCUUGUAUUGAAUCUAUAUGGGUUUAUGGAAACAGUUUUGAGCCCUUCCUUGUUGCUGUUGUUAACCCCAGCAAGCAAGCACUUGAGCAUUGGGCAGAAGAAAAUGGUAUAUCAUUGGACUUCAAUUCUCUCUGUGAAGAUUCUAGGGCAAAAAGUCACAUCAUUGAAGAGCUUUCAAAGAUUGCGAAGGGAAAGAAGUUGAAAGGUUUUGAGUUUAUAAGAGCAGUCCAUCUUGACCCGGUUCCAUUUGACAUGGAACGUGACCUUAUCACUCCUACGUAUAAGAAGAAGAGGCCUCAGUUGCUUAAAUACUAUCAGAAUGUCAUUGAUAACAUGUACAAGACGGGAAAUAAACCCAAUGCCUGAGAUCCGCUUUGGGAGUUAAUGCCAUGAAGAUAAUUUAUUUUUUGCAUGUUAUUGUAUUUGCCUCUGUUCAAUUGUCUCCUCUUGAUGACUGUAUAUAUGAUUAUUCAGAGAUGACAGACAAUAUUUCAUGCUUAGAUUCUGCUCAACUGUAGAGGAUACGAAAAUAUAAAAUUAGAGUUUAAUCAAAUUAUUGGCUCGA